AUGAAAUCACUUAAUCUAUAAUUUGGAGACAAUAGAUAGAAUUAGAGAGAAGACAUGUUUCUUGCUAACAUAGUUGAAAAAGUGUAAUAAGGAAAAAUUGGGUUGAUAUCUUUUGUUGAUCAAGCCCAAUUCAUUGAUUUGAUGACAUAGAAACACAAAAAGAAAGCAAAAGUAUAACCUGUGUUUAAUAAAAUAUUUGCUACAAUUUAAGUAAACUUGGCAAAACAUUAACAAUCAUAAUAAAAGAUUUAGGAAGUAAGUUAUGAGAUAAAAACAAUAUCAUCAACUCGUCAAUUAGGUUAUAGAGGAUCCUUUAAUAUUUCUAAUAAAAGUGGUGCUUUACUUUUACAUAAGGAUAGUAAUUUAAAAGAACAUUAAACUAAUGAAUUUAGUGAUAAGGAAAUUUUAGAUUAAUAAAUAUUAGAUGAAGCAACAAAAACAGAAAGAAGCAAGAGGAAUUUGAGAUUGUCUUAGAUUACUUCAGAUAAAAAUGAUAUUAAAGGGUUUAAAACAAUUCAAACUAGUCGUGAUAAUACUCAGGAUUAAUUUUUGAAAUAGGAUAAUUUAUCAACAGCAAGAAAUGAAAAAUUAAAUUGUAAUUUGUUGACUUAAGAAUAAUCUGAUCAAUCUUAAACUUAAAUUAAAAUGGAAUCAUAAUAAUCAUGUAUGCUUCCAAUUGAAAAAUUGAGAUAUGGUUUAAAUACAAACUUCACUUCUGAAAUAUCAAAUGGAUAAGUAUAAAAUUAAUCUGCAACAUUUAAUAAUUAAUAAGAAUCUAAUUAAUAAUAAUAAUAACCUUUAACAUCUAGAAAAUAAUCAGAUGUUUUAUUAAAGUCAAUUAAAGGUAGUUAUCCAUAAUAAGCAUAUUUAAUAAAUUAACCAGAAAAUAAUUCAAGAAAAACAUUAACACCAAUCUAACAAUCAAAAUUACCUCCUGUUUUUGAUUAAAAUUAAAAAAAUAAUGAAAAUAAUUAAUAAAUAAAGAAUGGUAAUAAGACUGAAAGAUAAUUAAAGAAUAUAAAAAAUUAAAAAGGUAUUCAUAGAUAUUAAUAAUCAUAAUAAGAAUUUAAAUAAUAGAAAAAGAUAUAACAUAAACCUUAACAUUCUUUAGUAGAUAAAUCAAAAUAAAUAUAAGAAUAAGGAAAACAUUAAUAAUAAUUAACAUAAGAAACUAGUUUUUGUGGAAAUAUAAAUAAUUCAUAAAGAGCAUCAAGAAGAGAUUUAGAUGAAAGACAAUAAGAAAGUCCAUAAUUUUUAAAGACAGAUAUGGUAGAAGAUAUGGUAAUUACAAAUUCACCUUAAUAAUCACUACCUAAAGAGAUAAAAUAAACAACUAAUUUUAGACCUGAUACAAAUACAUUAAAUAUAAGUGAACAUUCUUUUCAAUCUAAGAGACAUACAAUAGAUUAAUAUGAUAUUAAUUCAUUAAUGCCUCCCUAAUCUUCAAGAACUUUAACUUCUGCUUAGAAAGAUAAAGUAGAUUAAAGAAACUCAGUUAGUAAUAAUUCUGAAACUGAUUAAAAAUAAUACAAGAAUUAAUUGACAGUUACUUUUAAGAGAAGUUCAAAAAGAAUGAAAUCUCAUAAUGUUUAAGGAAAUGAAAAUGAAUAUGAUUAAUAAGAGGAAGAUAAAAAAAGAAGGUAUUCAUAAGAAAGAUUAUUCAAAAGUGAUAAUAGAUUUGAAAAACUUGAAGAAGAUAGAUAUUAAUAUACAAUAAAUAAUUUAGAAUAAAGUGAAAGUUCUUCUUCUUUAAAUAAUUAUGAAAACGAAAAUAAUAAUAAUUAAAUUAAUAUCUAAGUAAGUAGAUGUGAUAAUAGAGAAAAAAUAAUAGAAGAAGAAUCUUUAGAUGGUUCUAUGAGAUAACAUUAAGCAAUAUUAUUUUCAACUUAAGAUAGAAUGCAUCUAAAGAUUGGUGAUAAUUCAUAUCAUCCAUAAUCUUCUUCAAGAAGUGUUGCUAAAUCUAUUACUCCAAAUACUCCUAUGGGUUCUUAAUAUACUGCUCAACAUAGUAAUAAUGGCACUGUUUAAAAUAACUAAGUCUAAAGGAGAAAGAAGUAAAAUAAUUAAUAAAAACGACCUUAAUUAUCGAAUGAAUAUUCUCAAACCAAAAUUUCCAUAUAGAAAUAAAAAUCAGAAGAUAGCUAUUAUGAAAAAGAAUAUACGAAUGAAUCUUUCCAAGAGCCAGAACGACCUAGCAGAUUGAAACCUAAGAAAUUAUAAUAGAAAUUGUAACCACCUUCUAUUCAAAUUUAAUAAUAAAGAAGAAAAUCUUCUGCUCAAGUUUCUCCUAUGGAUGUAAUUCAUAUCUAUGAUUUUUCAAUAGCCAAGAAAAGUUGAAUAAAUGGAGAGGGAAAAAUAAAAGUAAUUGGAAUAUUAGAAAUAAAUUGAAAGAAUGAAAUUAGAAAGAAUAUUAAUGGAAUAAUAUAAAAUUCCUGAAGAUAUGCCUCUUCCUUAAAAGAAAUAAAUUAUUGAAUCCCUAAUUGGUGAAUUAAGUCAUCAACAUGAUCAAGAAAUUCAUUAUUAAGUAUCUCUAUGUAAAAUUUAUUUUAUACUUUAGAUAAUGAAAGAUAAGAUUAAAUUUAAAAUAUUUAAAGAAAUUAUGAAGAAAAGAUAGAUUUUAGAUAUAAUAUAGUGAAUAGUUGUUAUUAUGAGAUGGAUUAUUUGUGUGAUCAUAAAUUAAAAUUAAAAUAAAAAGAUUAAGAAGCAUAAAAAAUUAUACAUUUGAAAUUUCAAGAUUAACAUUAUAAUAAUUAACCAAAAUAAAAUUAAAAUGGAGAUAAAGAAGAAGAAGAAGAAGGUUCUCCUUAUAAAAAAUAAAGUAAAUUGGUUUGCAAUUUUGAUCCUGUUGAAAUAGAAAAUUAAUUGAAAAGAAGAUGUGAAUUUAUGAAUGAAACUGAACUUCUCAAAUUUCUUAAAUAAUUUUAAUCUGAAUUCGAUAAAAAGGUUUAUUAAUGCAAUCUCGAUCAUCCUAUAUAAGAUAUUAGAUAAGAUGAUAAAUAAUUCACUAAAGGACUUAUAGCACGUAAUUUCAGAAGAAAAUAGACAAAAAAUGUCACAUCCAAAAUUGAAAUUAACAAUUAUUAAAUGGAUAUGAAUAAAAUUUAGUAUGUUAAAGAAAAAGCUACUAAAAUAUAAAAACUAGGUUUAUAUCUUUUAAUGAACUCUUGA